UUUCCUCAGUUUUUCUUCUCAAAGCUGAUCGCUACAGUGAAACAUUUCAGACUGCUCAGCUCCCUGCUGUGUCUGUUUGCUGUUGGGUGAAGAAGAGGAGUUGGUCUCAAAGCUGAAGGCUGAACACUGACCAGACAUGGAAGCUGUAGUUGGACUGUUGGUGAUGCUACUUGCAGUCUCCCAUGGUGUGGAAACCACAUGUGAUGUCAGACAGAAGGAUGGAGCUCAGUGUUACGGAGCUUUGGGAGGAACUGUGGAUCUGCAGCUGAUGGAUCGGGCGGCAGAAAUAUUUUCCAUUACAAAAAACACCACAACGAUAUUGCGCUGGAAAAAUAAUAAAAUUUCUCCGAAUAUAAAGGCAGACAAAUACUCCUUUACUCCUAGUGAUGGAAUGCUUAGGAUCUCUAACCUGAUAAGAUCUGACACAGAUGAUUAUACACUUCAAAUACGUAAUUCAGAUGGAGCUCUUUUAGAAAAUCGGACUCUACGAUUGUCUAUUCAAGCUCCUGUGUCGUCUGUCCGACUGGUCCCUGAGUGUCUGUCCCAGGGAGAGAUGAGGGUGUCCUGCUCCUCUGAGGGAGGGGACAGUCCUCAGUACAGCUGGACUCUGGAUGGACACACACUGACAGAAGACAAGCUGCUCUCUGGAAAUCACGAGACUGACAGCAUCACUCUGAGACAGGACGUCGAGGGAGUUCUGCGCUGCUCAGUCAAUAACCACGUCAGUCAUUUUGAGAAGUACCAGAGAAUAUUUACCUGUGUCUUCAUCAACUGCACUGAUUCUAAUGAGAGACGCAUAACACAGUGGGUGUUUGCAGCCACUAACACACUGUGCGUUGAGCCGACCACAGACACUACUGUGGGUAAGAAGACUGCUGUCACAGUGUCACUUAAUCCUUCCAUUAGUAUCACAUCCUCCAAUCAAACUGUGACCUCCUCCUUCAGAGAUGAGCCCUGGUUCAUUAAUCCCUCCCUCAUAUGUGGACUGCAAACAGCUGUGGCAGCUCUGUUGUUCAUUGGGAUCGCCGCCUAUUUUGCUUGGAGGAAAAAUAAAUCCCAGAGAGCUGAGGGCUCUGCCGUGCCACAAGAGAGGGAGGAUCCAGAGACCUCUGUUUAGAUGGUUGAAAAGAGAAGUUCUGCUCUUGAACCCAAAACUUCCUCAAAAUGACAUUUUGCUUCGCCUCGCUUGCUGUAAUGGCUCAAUUUCUUUGUGGGUGUAAAAAUAAUUUCUUAUCGUGUCGACAGCUGCUCUACACUUGUGUAUUUUCAGCGCGAGGAAGUAUCAGCAGCAGUGAUCAUCACAGAACAAAAAACAUAUUAACUGUAAAUGUGCAAAGGCAUUUUUAAUGUUUUAAGAAUUUUCGUGUUUGAAAAUCUGUUCAUACUAAAUCAUAAAAUGUGUCACUAUUUGUAGAGGGCUUCAUAUUAGCUGUACAACUGAGAGUGAUGCCAUUUGAAAGUGACCGUUUUAUCAUUUUUACAUAUUAUUGCAUUAAUUAAAAACAUUGCAUAUCAA